AUGUGGCCUGUGAACAUGUGGGCGCAUCACUAUGUGCACAGCGUUGUGAAUUACGAGUUCACGCUUGUGGCGACGGUGACGAUUCAUGAGGUUCCGAAGGAGAAUGCUCCUCUGCUGGGCGCGGGCCUGGAGGACAAUGAAAACACAAAGUUUGUGGGGCUGUUGUACACGCCGGCGAACGAGUGGGGUACAGUCUUCGACGGUAUCACGAGAAUAAUACGCAACAGCACUUGGAAGCCGGGGAAGGAGUACAAAGUGGCGCUCAUGCUGCACAGCAACAAGGGCUCCGUGUACGUCAACGGCGUGCUUGUGGGGAAUACUAACAAACUACCAACCCUUAAGUCACGGAGGCAUGAUAUCUCUCAUUUUUACUUUGGUGGCGGUAAAAACAGCAGUGUGACAAUAAAGAACGUCUUUUUGUACAACCGCCAACUGGAUGCCAUGGAACUCAAAAGGAUUGACGACUCCAAUGCGUCUGAGCAGCGUGCAGGUGACGGCUCCACGCGUGCGGAUGUAUCUCGGCUGCUCCUGCUGCUGCUGGGGCUAUGGGGCUUUGUGACUCUGUGCUGA